AUGCCCAACACCGAGCUCCGCCUGCUCGCGCUCGACGGCGGCGGCGUCCGUGGCCUGUCCGCACUGAUGAUCCUCGAGCAGCUCAUGAAGGCAGUGAACCCAGACGCGCCGUCGAAGCCUUGUGACUACUUCGAUAUGAUCGGCGGAACGAGCACCGGGGGGCUCAUCGCCAUUAUGCUCGGCCGACUGAGGAUGAGCAUUGCCGAUUGCAUCGCCGCGUACCUAUCGCUUUCGGACCGGGUAUUCCGCAAGACAAGACACCGGGUAACGGCCAAGGGCAAGGUCCAGGGACGGUUCAACUCGGAAGAGCUGGCGCAAGCUGUGAAGGAGGCCAUUAAAGGGCAGGGCCUACAGGAGGAUGCGCUACUCAAAGAUGCCCCCGAAGCAAGCUGCAAAGUAUUUGUGUGCGUGACGAGCAAAGAGACUAGCGAGACGGUUUGUCUCACGAGCUACAAGUCGCCGCGCGGGAACAAUGACCUCGUAAACAGCGCGAAGAUAUGGGAGGCCUGCCGGGCCACCUCGGCGGCGUCGUCCUUCUUUGACCCGAUUGCGGUCGGGCGGUUCGGGGAGGAGUUUGUGGACGGCGCGACGGGAGCGAACAACCCAGUACGGGAGGUGUGGGACCAAGCGCAGCUGGUAUGGGGACCAGAACUGCUAGAUGGUAGAGUCAAAUGUCUAGUCUCAAUCGGGACCGGUGUGCCUUCCCUUAAGCCCUUUCGGGACGAUGUCUUCCAUAUCGGAGAGACCCUAGUUGCAAUUGCGACGGAGACAGAGCAGACAGCAGAGAGGUUCCGGCGCGAGAGGUCGCGGCUUGAUAGUACUGGUCGGUAUUACCGGUUCAACGUGCUCCGCGGGCUGGAGGACAUUGGACUAGAAGAGUCAAAGAAGGUCAAGGAGAUCGCAGCGGCCACACGAAGGUAUAUUGGGUCUCAGGAAGUGUACAAGCACAUGCAGUCGUGUGCAGGCAACAUUGCAGGAAGAUCAUAUUUUGGGGAAUAUCGAACUGGCUUUAGCCUUGAGGGUGUCCCAAGAGUGAGCCAGUUUGUGGACCGGCCGGCGGAGAUGGCAGAGCUCGAACGGGUCCUUCUGCCUAGACUUGGACAAAGCCACCGACAGAAAAUACAGGUCCUCCAUGGCCUUGGGGGCAUAGGCAAGACGCAGCUAGCCAUCGAGUUCGCGCGGCGGCAUCAGCACCAGUUCAGCUCAGUGUUUUGGCUAGACGGGAGAAGCGAGGACAGCCUUAAACGAAGCAUUGCUAGCUGCGCAACAAGGAUUCCUCAAGGGCAGAUUUCUGAGAUGAGUAGGACAUAUGCCGCAGAUGGCAGUGCCAAUGUUACUACAGUAGUAAGGGACGUCGUGGGUUGGCUUGCCCAGUCAGACAACACCGCCUGGCUGCUCAUCUUCGACAACGUCGACCGUGAAUACAAUCCGUGGGGUGAAGACCCUGAUGCAUACGACGUCAGGGGCUACUUCUCAGGGGCGGACCACGGCUCUAUUCUAGUCACAACGCGAUUGGCGAAGCUAGAGCAGCUAUGGAACCCGCAGCAGCUGGGCAAGGUGACCAAAGACCAAGCCCGGAUUAUCUUUAAGAGCUGGUACAGGAGGAAGUACGACUCGACGAAUAGCGAGCGCUUGCUCGAGCUACUAGACGGCCUACCCCUAGCGAUUGCACAGGCGGCGAUACGUGACAAGCACAAGGCUACGGCGAACCUUCUACUCCUAUGGUCGUUCCUUGAAAACAAGAACCUGUGGUACGGCUUGUUUGCAGCAGCAUGCCAGGCCUCUGUGGUGGUUGCGAUGAUGCUCGAGCUCGAGUUUAGCAGAGCGAUGCAGCUGCUGCGAAACUACUCGCUGAUCGAAGAGGUGGAAGAAACGACCAGCCAUGCGACGCAUCCAGUCGUUCACCGAUGGGCGCACCAUUCCCAGGGUGAACGGUUUGCGUUGGAGCUAGGUUGGCUAGCGUCAACUCACGACUACUCGGCCAUCCGACGUCGACUUCUUCCUCAUGCCCAAGCGUGCUUUUGGCGGGUGGCAAAAUGGCAGAUAGGGCCGGGAUUGGAAAUUAAGACGAGUUUUAAUAAAGACGUGGACGGCAGCGAAGAAAAACAGACAAUACUAAAUGCUAUACACCUCCUAGGCAUCCUCUACGCGGACCAAGGCAAGCUAGCCGAGGCGGAGCACAUGUACGAGCGGGCCCUUCUCUACAAGAACCAAGGCAAGCUGGCCGAGGCGGAGCACAUGUACGAGCGGGCCCUGUUAGGGAAGGAGGAAGCACUCGGUCCCAAGCACACGUCGACACUAGACACGGUCAACAACCUGGGCAUCCUCUACAGGAUCCAAGGCAAGCUGGCCGAGGCGGAGCGCAUGUACGAGCGGGCGCUGCGAGGGCACAAGGAGGCAUUCGGUCCCAGCCACGCAUCGAUACUGGCCACAUUCAACAACCUUGCCGUUCUCUACGCGGACCAAGGCAAGCUAGCCGAGGCGGAGCGCAUGUACGAGCGGGCGCUGCGAGGGAGGGAGGAGGCACUCGGUCCUAAGCACAUGUCAACACUGACCACGGUCAACGACCUGGGUCUUCUCUACGCAGACCAAGGCAAGCCGGCCGAGGCGGAGCAUAUGUACGAGCGGGCGCUGCAAGGAUACGAAGAAGCACUUGGCAAUAAAAUAGUUCAAACGUAUCGCCCAGCGCUCAACACCAUUGAGAAUAUGGGCGAUCUUUACGCAGAGCAAGGAGAGUAUAGUAAGGCCCAAACUAUAUACUCGCGAGCCCUCCUUAGCCUUCAGAAUCUUUCUGGUCACUCCAGCGAGCAAUAUCAGCGUGUUAGAGCCAAAAUAGAUGCCUUAAGCGCUCUGAGCAAGAGUAGAGAGGAUACCUUAGAGCUUAUAGAGGAACCAGAGAUGGUUAAGGUUAGAGGUAGUAAUGGUAAGAGGGAGCGAAAAUCAGUAUUGCGUAAGGUCCUUAACAAGGUUUUUUGGUAA